AUGUAAAAUUGUGAAUAUUGUAUUGAUUCAACUAAUUGUGUUAAGUGUUUUGAUGAAUUCUAUUAUCAUAAUUAGGCAUGUAUCCCUUGUUCUCAUUAAUGUUAGACAUGUGAAAAAAAUAGUAAAUUUUGUACAUCCUGUUAAAAUUAAAAUCACAUACUAGAUAAAAAAAAAGGUACUUGCUAUUAAAUUAAUGAUUUUGGGGAUUAGUAUGAUUAUGAUGUUUUAGAAGAAAUACUAUUACUCCAAGAUAUCAGAUGCAAUAAAAAUUAAUAAUUGAUAGGUUAUGCAUGUAUUGAUUAAUGUGGAAAUGGUAUACUUAAUGAAUAAUAUGAAUAAUGUGAUGAUGGUAAUCAACUUGGAGGAGAUGGAUGCUCAUUUUUUUGUAUUUAAGAGGAUUCCUAUUUGUGCAAAAACUAUGUAAAUUCUCCUAGUAUUUGUUCAUUUAUACAAGCUCCAGAUUUUAGAUUGAAUCUUCUCUCCAAUUAAUAAAAUCAAACUUAGCUUAUUGAAUUAAGUUUCACAUAAAAAGUUAAAAUACCAACUGAUUUAAAUUUUUAAGAAAUUGCAAUAAUUUCAAUUAUUCCAUAAACUCGCACUAAUAUAAAUAUACUGUAAAUAACAAGUCUAUCAACUGAAUUUGAAUAUCCAAAAUAUUAAAUUAUAGUUGAAUUUAUAGACCCUGUAGAAGAUGUUUAUCUAUAGAUAGAAUUUGAUUAAUCACUUAUCAAAAAUGAAUAUGAUUUAGAUUUAAUUAGAUAUUAAAUGUAAAUAAAACUUGGAAAUCAAUUUAUACUUUCAUAAUAAAACUAAAAACAAUUAACAUAAAUAGUACUUCUUAACGAUGCAAUUAUGUAUUCAAUGAUUAGUAUAUCUGGAUUAUCAUUCCUUACUGGAAAUGCUAACAUGUUUUUUAAUUUAAUAGAUCUUUUAUAAUCUUUAUCCUAUAUUAGAUAUAUGUAAUAUAAUUUCCCACUUCAUUUAAUAUAAUUCUUGAAUAUAUAUUCUAAAAUAUCAUUAAAACCUAUAUUGGAUCAUUUGUAGAUUGAUGAAUUAUUAAAAUAUUUAAAUGGAGGUUAACAACAUUUCUAAAAUUCAAAGAGCUUAAAUUAAAAUUAAGUAAAUCCAUUAAAUUAAAUUUACCUAUUGAAUGCUAAAGGUUGUUAUCUAUUAAUUAUUGUUUCAUUACUAACAUAUAUAAUUUGUAGACUAUUGACAUCUUAAAAAAUAUUAUUAAUGUAAAGAAAAUUAUUUGAAAAAUAUCAAUAAAAUGAAAAAUACCUUGGUUAUAUUCUAUUUUUUCAAAAGAAAAUAUAGAGCUUUUGUGCUAAAUUUAGAAAAGAAUACAUCUCUUUUGGUUUACCUAAAGUCUAUUUUGCAAUAUUGCAUUAAUUAUUUUUUAGUGCCUUGUUGUAAUUUCCAAAUUAUAGCUUUAAUUCUUUAUUUAUGACUUUUAAUAGCAUCAAUGCAAUGUUUUGUUUAAUUUUAAUUUUAUUUAUUAGUUUAUCAUUACUGUCAAUAACAUAAACUAAUAUAAAAGAUAGACUAAAAUGGAAAUAUUUUUAUUAGGAUUCUUAACCUUAAUUUUGGGCUUUGAAUUAAAAAUCAUUCUAGAUAUACAGAAUAAUGUUCUAUAUAUUUAUGAUUGUUGAGGCACUUAAUUAUCCUGAAAUAUAAUCAAUUUUACUCUCUAUGUCCUCAUUUUUCUAUCUA